UUUAUUUUGAUCCAAGAAAUCUUUGACAUAGUAAGCUUGGGAGUUUCCUUUCAUAAUUAACGACAUACUACACCCUCAAAAUAGAAUUCAGAGCAGCCGGAUAUAGAAAUUUAUAGAGAAAAUGAUAUCUUUUCUAUUGAAUCGCCGAGUUUUUCGUGCCUAUACGAUUUCCUCAAGAAUUAUUCGAGUUCAUAGAGGCUUAUCGGAAGUUAAGAGCAUAAGUGAUGCCUUGAAAGUAGCUGAUAAAACAGUGAAUAGGAAGCUGGUGAACAUUUUCGGAACUCCCAACAUAAAAGAUGUAGCAUAUUACAGUGAAACCAAUGAUAACGAUGAUCUACUGUCGGCUGAGCAGCGAGCAGCAAAGAGGGAAAUUUUUAAACCUAUUCAAGAGGACUGCCCAAAAUUUCCCACCGAAAAACCACCGCCUACAACAAAGUUUCCCAUCAAUAAGAAUGCUGAAAAGCAAAUAGAACUGGGUGAAAAAAGAGAACAGGAAGCCAAGGAUUUAAAGCGACUGAAGGAUAUUACUAAAAGAAAGAAGUCUGAACUCGAGGAGAAAAUAGAUGGGCAAAGAAAGAAAUUUACAGAUGUCAACUUGAUUGGGAUGAAUUUAAAAUCUGUGGAGGCAAAGGAACCAACUCCUCCUAAGGGAGCUGCUCCUCCACCGAAGGCAGGUGCUACUCCUACGAAGCCUCCUCCCAAAGGUCCACCGCCUGGAACACCGCCACCCCAGACGAAAACCACUUUUGGAUCCCUCGCCGAUGCCGAUCGCAUCUUUACCAAUCUCUACGGACGUCACGAUUGGCGUUUGAAGGCGGCCAUGAAGCGUGGCGAUUGGUACAAGACCAAGGAGAUCCUGGACAAGGGUGACAAGUGGAUAGUGAACGAGAUCAAGACGUCGGGACUGCGAGGACGCGGUGGUGCCGGCUUCCCCAGUGGCCUCAAGUGGUCCUUCAUGCACAAGCCGCCCGAUGGCAGGCCCAAGUUUCUGCUGGUCAAUGCGGAUGAAGGGGAGCCGGGUACCUGCAAGGAUAGGGAGAUAAUGCGUCAUGAUCCGCACAAGCUGAUCGAAGGAUGCCUCAUCGCUGGACGGGCCAUGGGCGCCAACACCGGAUUCAUUUACAUUCGCGGCGAGUUCUACAACGAGGCCUGUAAUCUUCAGUAUGCCAUUAUAGAAGCCUACAAGGCUGGCUUUCUGGGCAAGAAUGCCUGUAACUCCGGCUUUGAUUUCGAUCUCUAUGUGCAACGUGGCGCCGGAGCUUAUGUUUGUGGCGAGGAAACCUCUUUGAUAGAAUCCCUUGAAGGAAAGGCUGGAAAACCUCGGAACAAGCCUCCCUUUCCGGCGGAUAUCGGUGUCUUUGGCUGCCCCUCCACGGUGACCAAUGUGGAAACGGUGGCCGUUGCCCCAACCAUCUGCCGCCGAGGUGGCAAGUGGUUUGCCAGCUUUGGACGCACUCGCAAUUCGGGCACCAAGUUGUUUAACAUCUCCGGACACGUUUGCAAUCCCUGCACCGUCGAGGAGGAGAUGUCCAUUCCCACGAGGGAGCUAAUCGAACGCCAUGCCGGUGGAGUGAUUGGCGGUUGGGAAAAUCUGCUGGCCAUAAUCCCCGGUGGCUCUUCCACUCCCUGCAUAACCCAAGAAGAUGCCAACUGCUCGAUUCACGACUACGAUGGGCUGAUGCAAGUGCGCUCGUCACUGGGAACCGGCGCCCUAAUCGUGAUGAACAAGGAUACGGAUAUAAUCAAGGCCAUUGCCCGCCUCUCCGCCUUCUACAAGCACGAGAGCUGCGGCCAGUGCACUCCAUGCCGCGAGGGUCUCCACUGGGUGAACAUGAUCAUGCAGAGAUUCGUGACGGGACAGGCGCAGAUUGGCGAGAUCGAUAUGCUGUGGGAGCUGACCAAGCAGAUCGAGGGACACACUAUUUGUGCUUUGGGGGAUGGAGCUGCCUGGCCACCGCAGGGACUCAUUCGUCACUUCCGUCCGCUCAUCGAGGAGAGGAUCAGGAAGCGCAAGGCCGAGGAGCAGGCGGCAGCAGAUGCCGUUGCCGCCGAGCGAUUCCCUUGUCAGACGGUGGCUCCUUGCCCAGAAUAAAGCGUGUGC